GUACACAGCCACAGUGAUAUUAAAAUGGCCUAUGGGGCUUCACAAUAGAUUUUUGGUAAUAUGAUAUUGUAAAGCAAAUAGUAAAUAUUGUCAUAUGCCGUAUGAAAAUUGAACAUUGUCUAUAAAAAAUGAAUAUGUAUCACGUAGACUUGUGUUGAUGUGGUACCAGACUACACAACAAAAUCUCAAUACUGUUUAGAGCACAAAUCCAUAUACUUGUGUAAACUCGUGUAAGUGGCUUACAUUGCUGUCAAAUAGCUCGAAUGCGCUUGAAAGGCGGAGUGCAGGCAUUGUUCAUUUUUUUUUGCCUGGUUAUAAUACACCUCGCUUCUGCUCAAGGAUUGGACAACUCAGUACAGCAGAGCUGCAGUGGUGGUGUAGAUGCAGUCGCCAAUGAUGAGGACUUGAAACCUCAAAGCAUACAAGAGCUGGUACAUCGCAUUGAUGCUCUGUCCCUCGACUUAGCGCAGCUCAAGGAGGCGAUACACGCAGCGGCGGUAGAGGUUCUGCCAGCGAAGGACGUUGGGGAUGAUUAUGCUACUUUGCACAGGAUUCUCACAUCGGAAAGGCUGAUGUCCGCGCGUACUACAAUUGGGACCAAACCUUCCGACGAUGUGAAGCUACUACCAGGGCGGGGCGCCUUUCCCAGUUUGUAUAAGAUCAAAACUAAGCCAUAUGAGAGGACCAUGUUUGAUAUGGCGGUGUCCUUCGACGUCUACGCGGGCGACACUUACUUGGGAGAAUUCCGACAGAGCUACCCCUGGGUCCGAGCCUUCUGGGAUGAGAUUGUUUUCUGGGACAAACAUGGUCACUUUGUAGGGCAGCUGCACUUUAGUCUGCUAAAGUAUUUGUGGUUUAUCCCCAAUACCUUCUACGGGACGCGGUAUUGCUGGCUUCGUACGGCCGAUGGCAAUCUGAUCAUGCACGGCUCAGAGGAGCCUUUCCUGACGCUAGCCGUCAGGGCGGAACAGCCUGGCAUCGAAUUCCAAGUACCGGGCAGUGACCGACACUUUAAGUCUCGUAUGACUAAUACGAUACCCCCGAGGAAAUGGCUGGUCGUGGAUAAAGACUCUGGUGAUAAGAUGGCCACAAUUGAAGAGAGCUAUACCACAGAUGUAUUCAAGCGCCACUUCUCGGGAUGGUCUGUGGAAGUGCCGGAAUACACAGCAAUAGAUCCUCGAGUGGCAGGUUUCCUCGCAGCUUUUGAUCUGGCUGAAGAGAUGGACACACUGCCGAGUGUGAUCCGUACUGUGGGAUUCUUUUUGCUGUGCUUCAUGUUCCCGUACUUCUUCUUCAGAUGACGCAGCCUGAUUGGCUUUCUGUGCGGCACAUCCGAUUCGGUGCAGCCCUUACUAUGAAUCAACUACAAGAUACGCCUGGAUUAAACUGCCUAUAAACGAGCAUUGUUGCCUGA